AUGGCGCUACACGCGCUUCUGCGCAGAAAUCUCACCUCUUUGUUCUCGGAGAAUUUGCUAUCCUCAACGAUUUCCAAUGGCAGUUUAUCUCUCUCCAUCGCACAUUUCUCCACCGCUAUUCGGACAAAACCCUCUACCUCACCUUCAUUUUUCGAGUUCUUGACGCACAAACACCAGUUCUCCCCUGAGGUGGCUUCACGCGCCGCCUCCAUUUUACCCCCUUCGAAUCACCCCGAAAAAUACGAAUCAGUGCUCUCCUUUUUCGAGGAGGUCGGAUUCACAAAAGCCCAGGUGGAGAAAACCUUGUUAAUCCGGCCCCAGCUGCUCUCGGCCGAUCUCGAGAAAACCAUCAAGCCCAAGAUCAAAAUUUUCCAGGACUUUGGCUUACCAGCUGACGACAUUGCUGUCAUAAUCUCGAGAGCGCCAACAAUCCUGCAAUCCAGCCUUAAAAAAAAGCUUGUCCCAGCGUUGUCCUGGCUAAAGGGCCUGUUGGGUUCGACUGAGAAGUUGGCCCGAGCUUUGAAGCAAUCCGGGUGGCUGCUUACUGGGGAUCUUGAAAAUAUCACUUUGCCCAAUGUCCAGAACCUGAUGAGCCAUGGCAUGUCCAGUGACCAGGUCGCCAGGCUUAUCACUUAUAUGCCGCGGGUCAUACUCUGCAAGCCGGAAAGUCUAAGCAGAUGCUUGGAAGUCAUGGAUCAAAUGGAUGUCGUUUGGAGUUCGAACAUGUCCGUGUAUGCUGUUGGGGUCAUUUGCUCGAUGCCGGAUGGGGCUUGGGAACGCAAGCUGCAGGCUUUUCGGGAAAUUCUGGAAUUCUCAGAGGAUGACAUAGUUAGGGUUUUGAGGAAAAAUCCCAUUGUUUUUUCUUCAUCUGAGGAUAAGAUGAAGAUGGUCAAACAGGUUGUACUUGGGACCGGAAAAUAUGAGGCCUCGUCGAUUGCUAAAUAUCCGAGGUUGCUCCUGCACAGCAUUGAGAGUCGGUGCAAGCCACGGUUUGAGGUUCUUGGGAUUUUGGAGAGCAAGGGACUGAUCAACAAGUGGCCUUCUCUAGGAUUAAUUUGUGAAAUGACAGACGAAAAAUUCUUCAAGGAAUAUGUUGGCCAGUAUACGAGUGAGAUUGGUGAGAAUUAUCUGGACAAGAGAGCACUCAGUUGCAAAAAGAGAGAAAGAAUAGGUAAUUGGUCUUUUGUUGCAUUCCUGCUUCUGACUAAUGUCAUCGUCACUUCGAUCUUAUCAAUAGGAGACAAAAUAUUGCUGAUUGCUUGCCUCCCCAGCAGUUUAUCUUCUGAAUUGGUUUCACCAGUUGCCUCUGACUUAACACAACUUCAAACCUAGGAAAAACUGUACUUCCAUUAUUCAAAGAGAGCCCCGACGACUAUGUGUAUAUUCAAUAGUCAGUUGGCUAAGAUAAUGUUGGACUCAAAAGAUCAUUCAAAAACCAAUGGCAUUGUUUAUUUCAAUGAGAUUGCUGACAUAAUUCAUAUAACCAAAAAAUUUAACAUAU